AUGGAUCAGAUUGUUGUCGCAUUCGACCUCUAUGGCACGCUUCUAUCUACGGCUUCGAUAGCGAAGGCGCUGGCCCGUCAUUUUGGUGAGGAAAAGGCAAACUCGAUCGCGGCGCUAUGGCGAAGAUAUCAGCUCGAGUAUACGUGGCGGCUGAACAGCAUGAAGAAAUACGAAGACUUCUCGGUGGUGACGCUCAAGUCGUUACAUCAUGCUCUAGCCGAGCACAGUGUCAGUCUCAACGAUGGCGAAGCCGACGCUCUAAUGGAAACGUAUGACAAUCUCAACACCUUCCCCGACGUGGAGUCUGGCCUGAAGAAGUUGGCGCAAAAUCCAGCGAUCACUUGCGUCGUCUUCAGCAAUGGCACGAAGAAGAUGGUGACCAACAGCGUCCACUCUUCUGAGGAUCUGAAGCCUUUGAGCGAAGUCUUCAAGGACAUUGUCACUGUGGACUUCAUCCGUACUUUCAAGCCGGCGCCUGAAGUUUACAGAUAUCUCGCCCAACGUACUUCCAAAUCCGGAGCCGAGGGAUCGAUGUGGCUAGUCAGCAGCAAUCCAUUCGAUGUAGUCGGCGCGCGAGCCGUAGGGAUGAAGGUCGCUUGGGUGGAUCGGGCUGGCAAUGGCUGGCAAGAUCGACUUGGUGACGGGCCAACAGUGGUUGUCAAAGGACUCGGCGAGGUCGCCGAUGCGGUUGAGAAGUAUGCCAAGGGCCAGUUGUAG